UAAUUGCGUAGCGUACAUGAUCAUUUUGAAAAUUGCGUUUUUGUAGUUUUUCGUAGCUGUUUUCGUCACGAUAACCCCGUCUCUGCUGUAAGUGAUGUAAUUGUGAUAUACAGACAUGGAAAGCAACGAUAAGAAGUCAAUGGCGCGAUCGGCGUCGGAGUCUGAAAUACAAAGAGGAAGGUCUGGUAAGACCGGCGGAGAUAGACACCGAGGACGCUCCCGAUCCCCUACACCAUCUCUGACAUCCCAACGCACUUCACAGCAGACGAAGAGUGCUACUCUUCCGCGCACAAGUACUAGCAAACACAGUAAGACCGACGAGCGGAAAGCGUCGAGCAAUAUGAAAAGUAAAUUUUUUAGCCCGUUUUUGCGUGUUCGCGAGCGGGUACGUCCAUUAGAGUGCUUCAUACAGAAAGUCGUUCGACAGGUAGUGAACAGAACACCAAUUGGAAGGAAGCGAGCAGAACAAAGAACAAGGCCUGCGUACAGGAGAAACUCGUUUUCGUCUCCGAGUGGACCAACACACAAGCUAUCGAAAGAUAAAAUGCCGGGAAGCACCGGUCUUCGGAACCUCGGAAACACGUGUUACAUAAACGCGAUAAUCCAGUGCCUGAGUAAGACCGACAUACUAGCAGAAUACUUUUGCUGCGAUCAGUACAAAGCAGAUCUUGCUAGAAAUAACAAGAUUAAUGCUCGGACCUAUGGCACACGAGGAGAGCUGACGGAAAAUCUUGCACUACUGUUUAAGUCGCUGUGGGUUUGUGAAUACAUGCCUGAAGUAUCUAGUCAGUUUAAGAGUUGUGUCAGUAAAUAUGGACCACAGUACAGAGGAAGCAGCCAACACGAUGCACAAGAAUUCUUAGUAUGGUUACUAGACAAAGUCCAUGAAGAUUUGAAUAUUGCAUCCAAGAAGAAGUACAGGUCAAAUAAAAGUAGUUAUGGACGACCGGAUGACAUCGUGGCAGCUGAGGCAUUGGCCAAUCACACGCGAUGCAACAGCAGUUUUGUGCAAGACCUGUUCCUUGCUCAGUACCAGUCUUCGCUCACCUGUCCCAAGUGCAAACGCCAGAGCAAUAACUUUGACCCGUUUCUGUGCGUGUCGUUGCCGCUCCCACAACGUGCUGAUCGUCCCGUCUACGUUACUAUCGUCUACCUAGACGCACAGCCGAAACAAGUAAAGCUGGGAGUCAAUGUAAAUAUUAAUGCAACUGUCAAGGAGUUGCGUAGUGAGCUAUCCCUCCAGACAAAAAUACCUCCAAAACAGUUCCUGAUGACAGAGUUAUACUAUGAUGGAUUCUACCGCACGUUCUUAGAUGACCAGUCGCUCAGCAUUGUCCAUGAAACCGAUAACAUCUAUUGCAUCGAAGUUCCGCCUGCGUCCGACAAGUUACUUAUCAUUGCCAGUAACAGACUCGGUGUUGGGAGCAAGGGCAGGAAGUUUGGAAGCCCCCUGGUGUUACAGCUUAGCCGACAGGCCUCCUACCAGAAACUGCAAGAUGCUAUCCUGGCCAAGCUUGCUCCCUGCCUGAAAGACGGAGUCACCUCAAAGAGAAUGGGAGUACUGUUCAACAUAAGAGUUGUGGAUGGUAUUGCUGGCAAGAGCUACUUAUCUCAUGAUGAUGACCAUCCGUUGUUUGUGGAGACUGUGGACAGAGCCCUGGAAGCUUGUGCUGGUAAUGCUCCACACCACAUCAAGGUGAUACUGGAGUGGGAUCCAGAUACCAAACAGGUUGUUUUCUCCAACGUUGAGGAUGUGAUUGAGGAACACGCAAGCGUACAACAACUGAAAGGUCGCUACCAGAAACAGCUGAGCGCAACAUUGUCAGAGUGUUUUGACCUGUACACAGAGGAAGAAAAGCUUGAUGACAAGAACACAUGGCUUUGUCCCAACUGUAAAAGGUUGCCGCAUGGUACGACUAAACGCCUCAGCUUGUGGACCCUGCCUGAUAUUCUCGUUAUCCAUCUGAAAAGGUUCAAGCAGGUAUAG